GUAGAUGGAGAAGGCUGGCUAGCUGUACGUCUCCGCCUUCUUCUUCUUCCUCAAUCCGUUUCGUCUCCAUUACCUCACCGACGUCUUCCCUCUUCACUUCCCGCGACUCCUUGUGAGAGAAACUAGAUAGAGAUGGACAAGGCGAUCGACCGACAGAGAGUCCUCCUCCAGCACCUCCGCCCUUCUUCCUCCGUCUACGCCGCCACCGAUUCCACCUCGCUUUCCGCAUCUGCUUGUCUGGCUGGUGAUAGUGCUGCUUACCAAAGGUCUUCCGUCUUUGGGGACGAUGUAGUAAUUGUAGCGGCAUAUCGCACAGCACUUUGCAAGUCCAAGCGAGGUGGAUUCAAGGACACCUACCCAGAUGAUCUGCUUGCACCUGUUUUGAAGGCCCUGAUAGAGAAAACGAAUGUGAAUCCAAGUGAAGUUGGGGAUAUUGUUGUGGGUACAGUGUUGGCACCUGGAUCUCAAAGAGCAAGUGAAUGCAGGAUGGCAGCAUUCUAUGCUGGUUUCCCUGAAACUGUGCCUGUGCGAACAGUGAACAGGCAAUGUUCAUCUGGUCUACAGGCCGUUGCCGAUGUAGCUGCAGCUAUUAAAGCUGGGUUCUAUGAUAUUGGCAUUGGGGCGGGGCUCGAAUCCAUGACUGCUAAUCCAAUGGCUUGGGAGGGAUCGGUCAACCCAAAAGUAAAAGCCUUUGCCCAAGCUCAAGAUUGUCUUCUUCCUAUGGGUGUUACUUCUGAAAAUGUGGCACAUCGUUUUGGUGUCACACGGCAAGAGCAGGAUCAAGCUGCUUUGGACUCUCACCGGAAGGCUGCAGCUGCUACUGCUGCUGGCAGAUUUAAAGAUGAAAUUAUCCCUGUGGCCACCAAGAUUGUUGACCCAAAAACUGGUGACGAGAAACCAGUGACAAUCGCUGUCGAUGAUGGGAUUCGGCCAAACGCUUCGCUAUCAGACCUCUCAAAGCUCAAGCCAGUCUUUAAAAAAGACGGCACCACCACAGCUGGAAAUUCAAGUCAAGUGAGUGAUGGUGCUGGAGCUGUUCUCCUUAUGAAGAGGAGUGUUGCAAUGCGCAAGGGACUUCCGAUUCUUGGUGUCUUCAGGACUUUUGCUGCUGUUGGUGUUGACCCUGCCAUUAUGGGUGUUGGCCCGGCUGUUGCAAUUCCUGCAGCUGUCAAGUCUGCUGGUCUUGAACUUGAUGAUAUCGACCUUUUCGAGAUAAAUGAGGCUUUUGCAUCUCAAUUUGUCUAUUGCCGGAACAAGCUACGCCUUGAUCCAGCAAAGAUCAAUGUCAAUGGAGGUGCUAUGGCUAUUGGACAUCCGUUGGGCGCAACAGGGGCCCGAUGUGUUGCAACUUUGCUGCAUGAGAUGAAGCGUAGAGGAAAAGACUGCCGCUUCGGUGUUGUAUCAAUGUGCAUAGGAACGGGCAUGGGGGCAGCAGCAGUUUUUGAGAGAGGGGACGCAGCUGACGAACUCUGCAAUGCGAGGACAGUUGAGAAGAGUAACAUCUUCUUGUCCAAGGAUGCAAAAUAGGGGACUCGGUUGUCUUCUCUUACGAGCGAUCAAAUAAUACAAUAAUUAAAAAAUGCCAUGCCCUGUAAUAAUAAAUUUAUCAAGGAUCAUGAACAAGUCCUGGAAAUUCGUUAUUUUAUCCUUUCUAUUUGCGGCCAUUUGCUCUAUUCAUCUUUUGUAAUCCCAUAUAUCUAUUUGCUUUGUUACGUA